GGCAACCAAGGCGCGCGGUUCUUCGUCCAAGGCAGCGUCCAUACAAUAUUCGUAGCUCGUUUACGAAUUCUAGUGCACGUAAAUAAUUUUUUGUUGACAUCCUGGCGAACGGGACAUUCUUUAACAACUGUGGAUUAACAUAAAGAAUGCUUCCCUGUUGCCGUGGCAAACAGUGUUAACAACAAAAUGAAAUGAUAUUUUUUGACCGAGUCGAGCCCAGCUGAAGAUUUAUGAAACCAUUAAUUUUAUGAACAGUGCAACAAAAAAUCAAAUUAAAAAGUGUAAAAGGAAGAAAACAAAACAAAAUCGAGUAGCGAAAAAGUGAACAAUGUGGGCGAGUGCCCGCCCAUUAUGAGUGGCAGCAAACAUGUCGAGACGUUCCGAUCGCAAUGCCAACGAGGAGGAGGAGGAGCAGCAGCAUCAGAAGCAGCAGCUGCAGCAGCUGCAGCUUGGCGCCCGACCCAAGGCACAGAAAACGCUGCACUCGAGGACUGCCAACUACAUGGAGCUGGAAUUCAGCCAAGUGGCGCACAGCUGCAGCGAGCUGCCCGUUAGCUAUGCCACCAGUACGGUGGUGCCGGCGGUGGGGCGGGGCGAAUAUCGGCAGCCCGCUGCUCCGCCCACACCGCCGCCGCUCUCGCAAAUCCCGUCGAGGGAGUCGCGGCUGCUGCACUCGGCGCCGAACACGCCGAGUCGGGGCAAAGUGGUGCUUAGCAAAAAGGAGCGCAAGGAGCUGAGCAAACAGCUCGGGCUCGAGGAGCUCGCCGUAAGCAGCUCGGCGCAGUCAAGCCCCUACAAGGGGCGUGUCACAGAGCUGAAGAAUUGCAUAGCGCGCGGCCUGUUUGCCACGCUGCAUCGCGGCUCGCAGAAGUCGUUGCAGGCGACGCCUGCCAGCCAGGACAUGCAGCUCAGUCAGGAGCUGUCCCCGCCGCCGCCGGCCCCGGAGCUGGCCAACAACAACGAGGAUGACGCGGCUGACUAUACGGAGAAGCUGAAGAACCUGCCGGUGCGACAGCGCAAGGCAGCGACCUCGCACAUGGACAACUACUGCCUGUUCGAUCCGGUGGACUUCAUCAAUGAGAAGGCGCUGCGCUAUCCUGGCAAUGCGCAGCAUGGACUGCGUGAUCCGCUGUUCAGCUCGCGGCAGCACCUGGUGUGUGAGGACGAGGAGCUGGUGCCCGAGGUCAUCUACGAUGGCGAUGAGCUCGAGGAGACGAUUAUCAUCGAGACGUCCUGCGAGGCAGAGGCCGAGACGGAAGGCAGCGCCCGUGCCUUGCCCAGCUUUGAGCAUCACAAUUACUUUGUCAUCGAUCCGGAGGACUUUGAAAUGGAGCCGGCCCCACUGGACAUUGGCAUACCCAAUCCAUUCAGCAAUGAGCAGCUCGUGCAUGCCAAGCUGGAGCGGCAGCAGCAGCAGCAGCAGCAGCUGAACGAGUGCGAGUCGGCGCCCAGCAUGUCCAAUAGCCAGGAGUCGAAGGACACGGAAACCACCUCAACGGCACUUGUCGAGUCCUCCACAUCCACCAACUCGGCCAGCUCCAGCAGCUGCUCCAGUGCGACCCAGCAGCAGCAGUCAAUGAAGAAGAAGCUCACCUUUCUGAAUCUGUCGCCCUUUCGUCCUGCAGCCAAGAAAGCCAAUCAGAAAUCCGCAGUGGAACAGCGCGCCAUCUCGGAGCUGGUUACCACCGAUCACAUGCUGCAUCUGCAGCAGCUGUUGCAGCAGCAGCGCAAGGAUCAGCGCGCCCACACGGUGCCCAUCGAGUCCAACUACGUGCUCUUCAAUCCGGGGCCCGUGCCCAGCCGCCACGUCCAGUACAAGAUACGUAAACCCCGCCCGCUCUCCACGCACAGCGACGCCGACAGCGGAUUCCUGUCGCCUUGCUCCCCGGACGAGUUGAAGGCCAAUCCGAGCAUUCUGGUGCUCCAGCAGUGCGACAGCGUCCAGGGUUAUAUUGAGAUCUACACGGACUGGGCGAACUACUAUCUGGAACGUGCCAAGUCGAAGCGAAAGGUCACAGAUCUUUCGGCCGACUGUCGGGAUGGCCUGCUCCUCGCCGAGGUCAUCGAGGCCGUAACCAGCUUCAAGGUGCCCGAUCUAGUCAAGAAACCAAAGAAUCAACAGCAAAUGUACGACAACGUGAAUUCGUGCCUGCACGUGCUGCGGAGUCAAUCGGUGGGCGGCUUGGACAACAUCACGACGAACGACAUCUGCGCGGGUCGCCUCAAGGCUGUCCUUGCGUUGUUCUUUGCAUUGAGCCGGUACAAGCAGCAGGCGAAGCAGACGAAGUCCAUCGGCGUUGGCUGCGCAGUUGGCGCAAGUGGUGCAGCUGGCACAAUUGGCGGUGGCUCUGUCUUGGGCAUUGGCCUGGGCGGCAGUCUGAGAGCAUCGACUGCCAACAAUUCGCUGGACAGAAAACAACAGCAGGAGCAGCAGCAGCAGCAGCAGCAGCAGCAAAACAAGCAACAACAAACGCCACAGCAGCUGGCUCAAUCCUUGGAGAACGGCAAUGAGAUGGUGAAUCGACAAAUCGCGCCCGCCUACGCGAAGGUCAAUGGCGGCACAGCCAUUCCCCUCCCCGCGACGGUCAUGGUUCAGCGCCGCUGCCCCCCGGACAAGGUGCGCCCGCUGCCUCCCACACCCAAUCAUACGCCAUCCAUACCGGGUCUGGGCAAGAGCGGCAGUGACUUCAACACAAGCCGUCCAAACAGUCCGCCCACCAGCAAUCACACCAUCCAGAGCCUGAAGAGCAACAACAACAGCCUGCGUCCGCCCAGUGUGAAGAGCGGCAUUCCCUCGCCGAGCAGCCUGAACGCGCCCACGGCUCCGCAGAAGCACUCGAUGCUGGACAAGCUGAAGCUCUUCAACAAGGAGAAGCAACAGAACGCGGCCAAUGCAGCCGCCGCCGCAGUUGCAUGCAACAAGCAAACGCAACUCCAAUCGAAGCGCACCUCCUCCUCCUCGGGCUUCAGCUCGGCACGCUCCGAGCGCUCCGACUCCAGCCUGAGCCUCAACGAUGGGCACAACUCGCAACUGAAGCCGCCCAGCAUCAGCGUCAGCGCCCAGAAGAGCCAGCAGAAGCACAACACCAAGCAGUCCAAGCUGCUGGCCGCCCAGCAGAAGAAGGACCAAUGCAAGCCCAGCAAGCUGGACAAGAAGGAGAAGAGUCCCGCUCGCUCGCUACACAAGGAGGAGUCCACGCUCUCGGGCAACGAGUCGCGCAGCUCGACGAUGGGGCGAGCGGGCAAAAACUCCUUGGCUCGCGGCUCUGCCGAGAAGAAUACCCUGAAGACGUCUUCCAAGACCUCGUUGCACUCGAAAUCCGACGCCAAAGGCUCGCCCAAGAGCCAACAGCAGCAGCAACAGCAGCAGCCGUCGCAGCUGCAGAGUCCCAAUCUGACGAAACCCAUUGCGGCCAUCAAAGGCACCAGCAAGCUGCCCCAGCUGGGCGGAGCACCUGGCCCCAGUGAGCUCUACAAACGUGAAGCAAACGACAUAUCCAGCAACAUAUCCCACGACCAGCACCAACACCAACAGCAGCAGCAACAGCAGCAGCAGCAGCUGCCUUCAUCCCUUGGCUCUGCUCAACAUAUCCUCAAGGCGCUGCCUUCGAGCCCACCGCCCCCUUAUUACGCCAAUGCGCCGACAUCCUCGAAUCACAUAUCAGCUAUUUACUCCGGCACUGGCUCCAACUCCGGCUCUGGCUACCUGAGCGAACCAACCACCCCACAGCCGGGCGGCAUCUACGGCAGCAACAGCCGCCUCCCGCCGCCCAAGUCGGCUCUGAGCACUCCCCGCAAGCUGGAGUACAAUGCAGGCCCGCAUAUUCUGGCCACGCAGCGAUCGCCCAUGCAGCGACCCAUGCACAACUCCGCGCCGAAUACGCCCACCGCCUCGCCCAGCAAGUUCCACACGAUUCCCUCGAAGAUCGUGGGCACCAUAUACGAGUCCAAGGAGGAGCAGCUGGCCUCCUCGACUGCAGGCGUCUCCUCUACUGCAGGCGCCUCCUCCGCCGCCGCAUCUUCGGUGCUGCCCAUGCGUCCGUUGCUGCGCGGCUACAAUUCGCACGUAACGCUGCCAACGCGUGGCGCACGCGGCGGCCAGCAGCAUCAUCCCCAUCAGUCCUACCUGGACUUCUGCGAGUCCGACAUCGGGCAGGGCUACUGCAGCGACGGCGAUGCCCUGCGCGUGGGCAGCUCCGCCUCGGCCAGUCGCUAUCACGACAUCGACAACGGUUACCUCUCCGAGGGCAGCAGCGGCCUCAGCGGCACCGGGUCAUCGGGCGGCGUCUCGCACGGCAAGCACUUUCUCAGCAUGAUGCGGGCCCGAACCCAGCUGCCGACAACCAUCGAAGAGCGCAUUCGCAGCAGUCGCGGCUCGCUUGAUAGCAUUGGGACCGCUGCUAACGGCAGCUCGGCGGCCAGCCAGGCCAGCUCCAGCGGCGGCUCCAGCACCAAUCACAGCAACAGCAACAGCAGCAACAUCAACAACAACAACAAUAACAACAAUAAUAACAACAACAACAACAGUAGCAGCAGCAAAAUGGACGGCAGUCCACAUCAUCGCCCGGGCUCAAGAAAUGGACGCGACAACUGGAGCAAAAUGCCAGAGCCGCUCAACGGACACAAGGCGGACAAGUCGGAGAAGUCCUCGCCGUCGCGUCGCAGCAUGGGCGGCGGCAGCGGCAGCUCCUCCAAGCAGAGUUCACCGUCGGCCUCCUCGUCGCGCACCAAGGGCGUGCCGCCCAGCUUUGGCUAUGUGAAGCGCGCGAAUGGCAGCAUCGCCUCCACGGCGGAGCAGCAGAACAUAGCCAUGCUGAUGGCCGUGGGCGGUGGCCAGGGCAUGGUCAACGGCCUGCCCUGCGGCCGCACCGCCCACGUGUCUGCGGUGCCGCGCACUGCCAGCGGCCGCAAGGUGACAGGCGGCACUCAGACUCUGCCCAAUGACAUGAACAAGCUGCCCCCAAACACGCAGCAUCGCAGCUUCUCGCUGACGGGUCCGACGGCCACGCAGCUGAGCCAGUCCAUACGGGAGCGCUUGGCCACGGGCUCGCAUAGUCUGCCCAAGCCAGGCAGCGACAUGCACGUCUUUCAGCACAGAAUCUCGACACGUGGCGGCAGCACUCGUCACGAUGGUUCGCUCUCUGACACCCAGACCUACGCCGAGGUGAAGCCCGAGUACAGCUCGUACGCCAUGUGGCUGAAGCAUAGCAAUACGGCGGGCAGUCGCCUCUCCGAUGGCGACUCAAUCGACCAGAUGCAGAUUGGCUCGCCGGCAAUGACUCGACACGGACACAAGAUGCUGCACAACCGCGGCUCCGGCACAGUGGGGCAAAUGCCAGUGCAAGGCAACGAAUCGCCCUACGUGCAGAGCCCGCGCAUGAAUCGCAGCAACAGCAUUAGCUAUCUGAAAGAACGGACAUAUCCAAGAUCCACAAAAUCAGAGAAAAUGUAUCCCUCGAUGCUGAGUCGCGGCGGGGAUGUCGAAAUAGAGCCGUACUACUGCCUGCCAGUGGGCGCCACCAACGGAGUCCUCAGCGCCCAAAUGGCCGCCGCAGUGGCCCAGGCUCAGGCGCAGGCUCAUGCCCAGGCGCAGGGGGGCAGCGGAGUGGGCGGUGCUGCGACAGCGGCAGCUGCAGCUGUCGCCUGGAGUCAGCCCACCUCGCCCACGCCCCUCAACCGAGGCCCCUUCGCCUCGGCGGCGACUGCGCUGUCGCCCACACAUGGCACAGCGGCAGCGGCGCUGGCAGCGGUGGCAGCUGCGGCAGCAGGAGCCGGACAUGGCGGCAGCAAUGCAUCACAUCGUCUAACAUAUCCCAAAAAGAAUGAUGAAGUUCAUGGCAGCGCCGCCUCGCUGCUAUCCGGCGGCAGCUCGUUGUACGGCUCGGCGGAGGAGCGGCAGGCGCACGAAAUACGGCGAUUGAAGCGCGAACUGCAGGAUGCACGGGAACAGGUGCUCAGCCUGAGCAGCCAGCUGUCAACCAAUGCCCAUGUGGUGUCUGCGUUCGAGCAGUCGCUCACGAACAUGACGAAUCGACUGCAGCAGCUGACGGCUACGGCGGAGCGCAAGGACGGGGAGCUGACGGAUAUGCGGCAGACGAUUGAGCUGCUGCGCAAGCAGUCCAUUCAGGCGGGCCUGACCACGGCGCACAUGCAGAGCAUGGGCGUCCAGACCCAGGGCCAGACCCAGAACGAGCUGAUGCUGCAGCAGAAGCCGCCGCCAGUGCCCGCAGCGAAUAGCCGCGGAGGCAAUGCAAAUGCAAAUGCAAAUGGAACUAGCAAUGGCAAUGGCAACGGCAAUGGCUUAGGAUUGGGAUCGGGAUUGGGCAUGCAGCGACAGCACAGCACCGACUCGAUGUGCUCGCUGAACUCCAUCAGCUCGGGCUGCUCGGCGGCGCAGGACAAGAACAAGGCCAACAAGAAGAAGGGAUGGCUGCGCAGCAGCUUCACCAAGGCCUUCUCCCGCAACGCCAAGAUCUCGAAGACGAGCCGCCAUGUGGGCCAGCACCAUCAGCAACAGCACGAGCACGGCUCCGGCAAGGCAUCAGUGCUCAAUGGGCACGGACAUGGCCAUGGCCAUGGGCAUGGGGAGCCUUUGGGCUUGGCGGCCUUGGCCACGCAGCCGGCGCCGCCGCUGCCCGUGGCGAAUGCAUCCAGCAAGCAGAGCAGCCCGGCCAAGACGGUGACCCUGAUCGACAAUGCGAAGCCCAUCGAUGCCAUCGACGGGGAGGAUCACCACGUGGUGGAGGAUCUGAAGAAGCAGCUGCGCGAGAAGGACCUGGUGCUGACGGACAUACGGCUCGAGGCGCUCAGCUCGGCCUCCCAGCUGGAGAGCCUGAAGGACAUGAUGAACAAGAUGCGCGCCGAAAUGAUGUCGCUCAAGCAGAACAACGAGCGGCUCCAGAAGCUGGUCACCAGUCGCUCGCUCGCCGGCUCCGAGGCCAGCCUCGGCCAGGCAAUCAGCCCGAACGGCUCGCUCGGAGGCGGUGCCGGCGGCUCGGAUGCUUCGCGACGCUACUCGCUGGCCGAUGGCAAUGCGCGGCCUCCCAUGGAGCUGCCGCCCCGUCUGACCGAGGAGCUGGAGGAGGAGUGCAUGCCCCCAGCUCCGGCACCAGAGCCACCACCACCGCCAGCGCCCUGCGCCCCGAACGGCGCAGCGCCGCUGAGUCCGAAUACUCACAUCGACUUGACUCCGCCGCCGCCAGCGCUGGAAGCUGGACAGCUGAGCAGCCCGGUGCACAUGGCCAGCUGUGGCGCCGUGGAGGAGCUGCCCGAUGUGUGCGACGGCAAGAAGAUAGCCAUCGCCUGCUACCUGGGCCAGCCCGAGUCCUUCGCCAAGUACUGCGAGGAGAUGCUGGAGCUGGACGACUUCUAUGCCAACGGGGCCAUCAUUGCCAGCCACGAGGCGGAGCAGGCGCAGGGCCAGGCGCAGGGGCCGGGGCCGGGGCCGGGACAGGUGCAGCAGGGCGAGCGCCAGGGCAAUGAGUUCGUCAUCGCCUGCACCUACAUCUCGGGCAAGACGACCUGGCAGAACCUGGACUACAUAGUGCGCAAGACCUUCAAGGAUUACGUGGCUCGCAUCGAUCCCGGCACCAAUCUGGGCCUCAACACGGACUCCAUUACAUCGUACCACCUGGGCGAGGCGAAGCGCGGCCCCGAGAUGGGCUUCCCGGAGCUGCUGCCCUGCGGCUACAUCGUGGGCAACGUGAAGACCCUCUACAUCUGCCUGCAGGGCGUCGGCAGCUUGGCCUUCGACAGCCUCAUUCCACGCAGCAUCGUGCAUCGCUACAUUAGUCUGCUCACCGAGCACCGACGUCUCAUCCUGUGCGGCCCCAGCGGCACGGGCAAGUCCUAUCUGGCGCGACGCCUGGCCGAGUUCCUGGUGGCACGGGCUGGCCGCGGCAAUCCCUCAGAGGCCAUUGCCACGUUCAACGUCGAUCACAAGACCUCGAAGGAUCUGCGACAAUAUCUGGGCCACAUUGCCGAGCAGGCGGCCAUAGCGAACGGUGCCUCGGAGCUGCCAUCUGUGAUCAUAUUGGACAACUUGCACCACGCCUCCGCCCUGGGCGAUGUCUUCUCCUGUCUGCUCAGCGCCGGGCCGGCCACCAAGCUGCCCUGCAUCAUCGGCACCAUGUCGCAGGCCACCUGCAACACGACCAAUUUGCAGCUCCAUCACAAUUUCCGCUGGGUGCUCACAGCCAAUCAUAUGGAGCCUGUCAAGGGCUUCCUGGGUCGCUUCUUGCGUCGUCGCCAGUUCCAGCUGGAGCUGCAGACGCAGCAGGCACAGCCAGAGCUGGCGGCGGUGCUCGCCUGGCUGCCAUCCGUUUGGCAGCACAUCAACCGCUUCCUGGAGGUGCACAGCUCCAGUGACGUGACCAUUGGACCACGGCUGUUCCUCUCCUGCCCGCUGGACUUGAAGGACUCGCAGGUGUGGUUCACCGACAUCUGGAACUACCAUCUGUCGCCCUACCUAAUCGAGGCGGUGCGCGAGGGCGUGCAGCUCUAUGGCCGAAGGGGCGGCGCCUGGAACGAUCCGUCGGCCUUCAUACGCAACUCCUAUCCCUGGCCCUACGGCCCGGACUCGGUGCCCCCGCUGCGCCAGAUCAACGCCGAGGAUGUGGGCCUAGAGGGCGUGGCUCUCAGCAACGGCGAGCAACAGGAUCCAUUGCUAAACAUGCUGAUGCGCCUGCAGGAGGCGGCCAACUACUCGGAGACACAGGAGCAGGAGUCCGACUGCGCCAGCCUGGACUCAAACGUGACGCCCGACAGCUCAGCGGGCGCUGAGUAGAUCGACUCCACUCACAGAUCUUAACUUCUAACAUGCCAAAUUAAAAGUUUCACAUUUUUUGCUUGCGCUGUAACUGAAAGUCCCUAUCACACCCACACGCGCACACACACACAUCACAAAGGAAUAUUCUUGUACUACUUUUGCAAUCAAGUUCUAAAGCAGUUCCAAGAGUUUUCCAUUUGCACCAAGCCAAUAAACUAUUUAAGUACACUCAGAGAAAUGGGGACGAGCUAAAUCUGAUUUCUUCAGCUAUAAAGGAAAACAAUUGCUGCCAAGACUCGCAUCACUCACCGGACUUCUCUGAGUGUACAAUCAUGACAUCUAAUUCUUUCUCUCCUCUCUCUAAUACCUCUCUCUAUCUCCCCCCUCUCUCCCUCUCUCCACCACAAAAUGUAGAAUUGCACUUUUUAGCGCACUUGUUAAAAAUGCAAGUUUCCCAAAAUCAAAAAGAAAACUCUAUGAUCACCCAUCUAACUAGACAUUCAGAACUAACAUAGUAAAACUCAGCGCAAGCGAAAAAUGAAAUAAACCAAAAGAAAAAAAACAAAAAGGAAAUCCCAACAUAAAAUGUUAAAGAACCGCUAAGGGAAAACUAACACACUUUUGUACAUAGAAAACCAAAAAACAACCCCAACUAUAUUUAAGUGACAAUUUCUACAAUGGUAUCAGCAUUUUAUACCCUAACAUAAUAUAAUAUCGGAAAACGAAAGGAAAACCCUAUUGUAAAUGUAGCCCUAAGUUUUUGCUACUACCAAUAUUUACAAGAUGUACAUUUAAUGGAAAAAGCUUUCACUUUAGUUUAAUUAUUUGCGUAAUUAUCAUUAAAUAUUGUUACAAACAUAUUGCAUAUUUAUAAAACAAAAACAAAGUAAGAGAAGAAUAAACAGGAGGAGAUUAACUAUUUAAACGAUAUUAAUAUGCCAUAUACAGCGCUUGGCCGCAUCAGCAUAAUAAACGCGCUCAUAAAUGAAAACAAAUACGUAAUGACCCCCAAAAGUUUCCCUAAACAAAUAGCAAAUUUAACAAGCACAACUCCUAAAUAAAACAACAAUAAUAAAAGAAUACUGCAACAACACUAACAGAACUAAAAUACAUUUACGAAUAUAAAAUACAAUAUUAAUAAUUAUAUGUCCUGUCUGUCUAAUUUAAAUGUGUACAUUCAUGAGAUGUGAACUCAAAUCAAAAUCAAAUAAACUUAAAUCUAUAUAAUAAUAAA